AACACAACACAACUCUUUAGCGACUGACUAACGUCUCUGCUGUAACCAAAUCUUUUCCACUUUAAGAUUCCGGGGCACUCAUUAGUAAAGUUGUGCUCGAACUGGGACUAGUCGAAGUACAUAACAUAUUCCAAAAUAUGUUUCUGUCUGCAAACGUGACCUUAGAAUAAUAUGGCGUCCUGUCGCUGUUUUGCACAGGAAAAAGAUUUUUAUAGCUUUGACCUCUUUCCCUCUUCCGGUUGGCUCCCGCCCCAUGUAGCCAUCUUAUAUUUUCUGAACAUAAAGGGUGAAACACAUAGACGCCAGUGCAAACAACAGAUUGAAAUAUAAAAUAGCAUAACGGUAGGCAACGACUGGACGGACAAAUGUAACGGUCCAAUAUGACAGACGGUGCACCAGGCGAGGAGGAUCUGCAGCGGCGCACCACAUUCAAACUGAGAACAGCUAGCUAGCUCACUAACAAGUAGCUUUAGCUGCUAUCAAGGGAUAACGUUAGCUGUCUUUGGCUGCUGUUAUUCCAUUAGCUAGCUAGCCAGCCAGGGUGUAGGAAAUAUUGGAGGAAUUGGUUCGCCGACGUUUCAGUAAGGUGAAGUCUGAUCGGUGAAGUGGGUGACAUCGGGAAAAAUGGGAAACUGAGCAAGCCCUCUGAUGAUCUGAAGCGUGUUAAUAACAACACAGCCUGCUGCAAAGCUACGGGUCCUCUCAAUCACUGGGAACGCUUAAUUCGUAGCUAGCUAAAGGGAUAACCGUAAACCCUGGAGCUGGCCAUGCCUGCGAGUGUGAGAGCGGGCAGUCUGAAGGACCCAGACGUGUCUGAUCUCUUCUACAGAGACGACCCCGAGAAGCUCUUCAGCGACCUGAGAGAGAUCGGCCACGGCAGCUUUGGAGCCGUCUACUUUGCCAGAGAUGUACGCUCCAAUGAAGUGGUGGCCAUCAAGAAGAUGUCCUACAGUGGGAAGCAGUCUAACGAGAAAUGGCAGGACAUCAUAAAAGAAGUGAAGUUCCUUCAGAAGCUGCGUCACCCAAACAUCAUCGAAUACCGGGGAUGCUACCUCAGGGAACACACAGCCUGGCUGGUGAUGGAGUACUGCCUGGGAUCAGCAUCCGACCUGCUGGAAGUGCACAAGAAGCCGUUACAGGAACAGGAAAUAGCUGCUAUUACCCAUGGUGCACUGCAGGGCCUCGCAUACCUUCACUCACACAACAUGAUCCACAGGGAUGUCAAAGCUGGUAAUAUCCUCCUAACUGAACCUGGUCAGGUGAAGCUGGGGGAUUUUGGCUCCGCCUCCAUUCUCUCUCCCGCCAACUCCUUCGUGGGCACGCCCUACUGCUGUGUGCAGGAGUUGAGUGAGAACCAGUCCACGCCGAAGCGGGAGAAGCAGGAGUGGCUGGUCCGGCAGAAGGAGAACCUUCAGCAGAUCCAGGCGGAGGAGGAGGCGGGGUUGCUACGGCGACAGCGGCAAUACUACGAGCUGCAGUGCCGCCAGUACAAGAGGAAGAUGCUAUUGGCCCGACACAACCUGGAGCAGGACCUACUCCGAGAGGAUGUGAAUAAGCGUCAGACCCAGCGUGACCUGGAGUGUGCCAUGUUGCGGAGGCACCACGAGUCGACGCAGGAGCUGGAGUGCCACCAGCAGGGGGCGCUGCAGGGGACGCGGUCGGAGCUGAUCCGCACGCAGCACCAGAGCGAGCUGGGCAACCAGAUGGACUACAACCAGCGGCGGCAGAACGAGCUGCACCACAAACACAACGCUCAGGCACGCCAGCAGCCCAAGAGCCUUAAGGCCAAGGAGCUGCAGAUCAAGCGUCAGUUCCAGGAGACGUGUAAGAUCCAGACCCGUCAGUACAAGGCCCUGCGGAACCACCUGCUUGAGAACACUCCCAAGAGCGACCACAAGGGGGUGCUCAAGCGCCUGAAGGACGAGCAGACGCGCAAGCUGGCCAUUCUGGCUGAGCAGUACGACCACUCCGUCAACGACCUACUGUCCACACAGGCUCUGCGGCUGGACGAGACUCAGGAGGCGGAGUACCAGCUGCUGCGGAUGCAGCUGCAACAGGAGCUGGAGCUGCUGAACGCCUACCAGAGCAAGAUCAAGAUCCACACGGACGCCCAGCACGAGCGGGAGCUCAAGGACCUGGAGCAGAGAGUGUCCAUACGCAGGGCACUGCUGGAGCAGAGGGUCGAGGAGGAGAUGCUCUCUCUGGACACGGAGCGCUCGGAGCGGAUCCGUUCGCUGCUGGAGCGGCAGGCGCGUGAGAUGGAGGCGUUCGACUCGGAGAGCAUGCGUCUGGGCUUCAGCAACAUGGCGCUCUCGGGGAUCCCCGCCCAGGCCUUCAGCCAGGGGUACCCCAACCCCAACCCGCCGCCCCCCGCCCUCGGCCACCACCUCGGCGCCGCCUGGCCCUCCUCGCGCCCCGUCCCGCCCCGCUUGGGCGGCCACUGGAGCCACAGCAGUGUGCACAGCAGCUCAGCAGCGCCGCCCUCCUGGAGGAACCAGCACAGCACGGCCACCUUCAUCCGAGGAGACCCCCUCGCCGGGCGGGAGAGAGAGAGGGAGAGAGAGAGGGAGAGGGAGCGGGAGAGAGAGAGGGAUACAGAGAUGAUGAGUGGCAGAGGCGUGGCCUCCUCCCACUCCUCUGGCUCCUCCUCUUCCUCCUCGUCUGGCUCCUCCCACCUCCAGCAGCAGCUCUACCUGCCGCAGCUUCACCACCAGAGCACGCCGCACCUCUACCGCGAUCACCACGGCAACCACGCCCCUCACCCCCUCCACCUCCACCUGGCCUCCCACGCCUCCGCCCAGUCCCUGGCCCCGCCCUCCCGCGCCCAGUCUCCGCCCUCCUCCGGCUCCUCCUCCUACGUCCCGGGAGGCUCCGCCUACGUCCCGGGGCUGCAGGUCCGAGGCCCCGCCCUCAUGGCUCUGAGGAACAGCCCCCAGCCCCUGCGAAGGACCGCCUCCGGGGGCGGGGCGGGGGCGGGGUCAGGGGAUGGGGGGUUGAGCCGCAGCACCUCGGUCACCUCCCACAUCUCCAACGUGUCCCACCUGUCAUACUCAUAGGGGCGGAGUCAGGUCACACCUGUCAUAG